AUUUCUUUUCUCUUUUUUUUUUAAGAACUGAUUUAUGCGUUUCCGGUAAGAUGAAUUUCCGUUUCUCUGUUUUUCUUCUGAGAUUUAAAUCCCUACAAAAAAAAAGGGCAAAUUUCGCUCGUUCAAUUUAUUUUUUCCUAUCUGGCGUUGUUUUUAUGAUCACUUGUCUUCUCCUGCAUUCGUGUUUCGAUAUUUCAAUGGAAGAUGGAGUGUUUCUGAUUGUUUUUUAACGAUCACAAAUAAGCUAUUACUCCGUAUCUUGAUAAUUUCUCGAAGAUAAUUGUUUUCCGAUUAAUUCUUUAUGAAAUCCAUUUUGAAUCUUGAUGAUAUUAUCAUAUAUAUAUCUCUGCGAGAGUAGUUUUUACUAAUUCAGUUUUUACUUAUAAAUUAGGUGCCCUUGAUGGAAUUCAAGAUGAAUGGACUUAAGAAAGGCAGUCUACCUGGGGAAUCGAUAACGCUUCUAUCUUCUCUGGCUUCAAGUUGGGGGGAUGAUUUGGAUUUGAACAGUUUGAAGGUUGUCCAUUUGAGUGGAGCAAUGACUAAUCUGGUAUAUAGAAUAAGCUGGCCUACAAAGAUGGAAAAUGUUUCCAGGAAUGUUUUGGUUCGGGUCUAUGGUGAGGGAGUUGACCUUUUGUUUAGCAGGGAGGAUGAAAUUCGGGCUUUUGAGUACGUGUCCAAGCAAGGUUUUGGACCUCGCCUUCUCGGCCAGUUCCCUUGGGGACGCGUUGAAGAGUUUAUUGAUGUCAGGACACUCUCAGCCAGUGACCUCAGGGAUCCAGAUAUCUCUUCUUUAAUAGCAGUCAAAUUGAGAGAGUUUCAUAACAUUGGGAUGCCUUCUCCAAAGAGUGUUGUUCUUUGGGAUAGAUUGAGGGACUGGCUAGGCAAGGCCAAAGGUUUGUGUUCCCCAGAAGACAGAAAAGAAUUUAAGCUGGAUGAUUGUGAGAAGGAAAUUGCCAUUUUAGAGGAGGAACUAUCAAGGAAUUCACCAAUGAUUGGUUUCUGUCACAAUGACUUGCAAUAUGGAAAUAUGAUGUUUGACGAGCGGACAAGAUCCAUUACCAUUAUUGAUUACGAGUAUUCGAGUUACAAUCCAAUUGCUUAUGACUUUGCAAACCACUUCUGUGAAAUGGCAGCGGAUUAUCACACCGAAACUCCACAUGUUUUGGACUAUUCAAAGUACCCUGGUCCAGAGGAGCGUCAUAGAUUUAUACACUCUUAUCUUAGUUCCACAGGCCAUCAAGUGAGCAACUCUGAAGUGAAACAGCUAGCUGAUGAUGCAGAAAGAUACACCCUUCCUAACCACUUGUUCUGGGGCUUAUGGGGAAUCAUCUCGGGAUAUGUAAACAACAUUGAGUUUGAUUACAAGGAAUAUGCAGCACAAAGGUUUAAUCAAUAUUGGCUGAGGAAAUCCGACUUGAUCUCCAGUUGAAAACAAGUUGCUGUAGAUGCAAGAAGAAGAAGAUAGGUCCCCAUUAUCUGUUUUGCUUACCUUUUCCUUUGUUUAGAUUAGAAUUUACUCAAACGCUUGGAAAGGAUUAAUAAAAUAAAUGUGUUGGAUUUGG